UAUCUACCGUGUAGUGGCGGACGCCAGAUCUUGGUUACUUCCCGGUGCUCACACUAACGGAUAGCAAUUCGCCAAUUACGUCACCAUGUGAGGACGCUACCCGGACUAUACAAAUUAGUGGAUAAUGAAUGGACAAAACUCUCGAAAGCCGAGCAGCCAGAAUGGACCGCCGACAAGUAAGGGCAACCGCAUGGACAUCCCAACACUCCGUAUCCAAUCAGAGACUCCAGUUCCUCCAGCUUGCAACACACCGGGCCCGCCACAAACAAGCACACGCACUGCUGAAAAGGGACUACAUUUUCCUGCCCUUAGCUCCUCACGCUCUUUAGUGAAUGCAGGUAAACCCACACCUCGCCAAAAUGGAUUUGAACAGAAAUCAAUAUUUCCUACGCCGCGCACAAAUGGGAUCCAACACGGCCAUAUGGUCAGCCACAGUGGUUCCUUCAACAGAUCCAACAAGUCAGAUGCCUUUGGGUAUGGCCCACAAUGCAUCCCACUUGGUCCAGGCCGAUCAGCCAUCCCCAGCUUCGGUCAUAAUAUACGCCAUGGGGCCCUCCACAAGGGAGGUAAUAACUUAAAUCUGCCAAACCAUCAGCUUCAAACGUCCACACCUACGCCAAGCGAGGUGUCCAGCAUCAGGUCAAACAUGAGUCCACGCCACAGUGUCAACACUCCGUCCCUCUCCAUUGUAUCCAAUGACAGGAACUCACUGUCCACGCCAGGCGGGUUCAGUAACAGUGGUGAUAAACAUGUGUUUCUGGAGCCGCUCCCGAAACAACAGGACUGGUGCCAUUACAAGACCCUGCCCAGUGUGUCUGCUAGUGGGACAGGAUCGGUGGCAGGGAGUGACAUGGACAACUAUCAUCCACCAGGGAGCGCCACCUCACAGUAUCCUUGCAACAGCAGCAACUUGUCCCCAUACCAAGUCGACAUGUCACCAUCUCUGUCAACGUUCACAAGUCCACGAAAUUCAGCCAAUGUCCAUGGUCGUGCAUCACAGAAACGUGCUCUCUCAAUAUCUCCAUCUUUCUCAGACGGCUUGGACCUUAACCAAAUCAUCCGUAUCUCGCCCACAUCCUUGGUGACCAUCUUGAAUGGUUCCCGGGGGUCAUCAACAAGUGUCUCACCACAACCUGGUAUGAUGCCUGGCUCAUUCUGUCACAUGUAUGCCCGAAACAGCCCUUUCUCAGGGUCAAGUGGCAACAGGAUCCAUGGAUUUACUCCUCAGAGUUCAGUUUCCAAUGGAAUUAAGCAGGAAAACACAGACUUUUACAGUAUGGGCCCACCUGAGAGCCAUGGCUUCCCCGACUUGAUGACCAAUCAGUAUGUGGCACCUCAGGAUCAGAUUCCAUACAUAGAACAGUGUGCUCUGUUCAACAUGCAGACAAAUCAGAGUCUGCAAAGCAACAUCCAGUCGCAGCAGGGGAUGUCCAACUCACAACACAUGCAGCAGGGGCAGCCAUUCAGUGCUAUGGACACCAACAUCACGACUGGCAUGAAUGGUGGUUUGAACAAUGGUAUGACCAAUGGGGGAAUGAACAAUGUUUUGGACAAUGGUAUGACCAAUGGUGGCCUGAACAGUGGUGUGAACAACGGGAUGAGUAGUGGUUUGAACAGUGGUAUGAACAGUGGAAUGAACAAUGGAAUGCACAAUGGAAUGAACACUAUGAACCCCAUGAACACUAGUAUGAACAAUGGUAUGAACAAUGUAGUUCCAAUCCGACCACCACCUCCUUAUGACCAGGCCGUGGAGCAACAGCAACAACAGCCACAGCAGAACAUGUACCUCCAUAAUCCACAAUCUCAAGGUCAAGGUCAGACGAACAAGUCAGAAGAAUAUGAUGAGGAGAAUGAUGAGCGGCAGCAAAUAUGUCGCUGGAUCGACUGUAACCAACAAUUCAGUGAACAAGAUGAACUAGUGCGCCAUAUAGAGAAGGCCCAUAUUGACCAACGCAAGGGUGAGGAUUUCACGUGUUUCUGGGCUGGAUGUCAGAGGAGAUAUCGUCCAUUCAAUGCCCGGUACAAGCUUCUGAUCCACAUGCGAGUACAUUCAGGAGAGAAGCCCAACAAGUGCACGUUCGAGGGCUGUAACAAGGCAUUCUCUCGCCUUGAGAACUUGAAGAUACAUCUGAGGUCGCACACAGGGGAACGUCCAUACCUCUGUCAACACUCCGGCUGUACCAAGGCCUUCAGCAACUCCUCUGACCGCGCCAAACAUCAGCGUACACAUCUUGACACGAAACCGUAUGCCUGUCAGUACCCAGCAUGCAACAAGCGGUACACAGACCCCAGCUCGCUCCGCAAACAUGUCAAGAACCACAGCCAGAAAGACCAGCAACAACAGCAGAAGAAGAAGCUGAAGAAGGAGGCGGAGAUGCCACCACCUGACCUCCUCAAUGACUGCCUCUCGAUCCAGCCACUGAGACCCGAGGGUUCUCCCAUGGAGCACACAGACAGUGGACUUGGCCGCUCCCCCCACGCAUCCAUGCCAGGCACCGCAUCUGACAUGUACCCGAGUAUCAGCUUCUCCAGCACACAUUCCAGUCGCUGCGGUACUGCCACAGGUGUCAGCAGCCACCAGUCUCCAGUCAGCAUGCAGGGCAGUCCCAUGAACACCGGCACUCUCAGUGUGGUCAAUGAGGAGGACAGCAUGGGUGGCUACUCUCCUGGACCCUCCCAGGGCAUGUUGAGUCCUCGGCCACUCCCACCCAUCAGCCGACACGCCCCCAACAUGCUGAACAAUAUGCAACCCAACCCAUACCCUGCCACAUCCUACCAGGGCUACCCACCAUCCGGGAGCAUGCAGGACAUGCCAAACCAGGGUGGGUACCCUCAGUACACUCAGCGGUUGCCGUUUGCCCGGUUCCAACGCUUUCACCAACAUCAACAGCUGUCGUAUGGGAGCCAUGCAGUCGCAGCGUGUGUCGUUCCAGAACUUUACUGA